UAAAACGCUCCCGAAACAAGAAGUUAACAACUUGCAUCGGAACGAAACGUCUUCGCAGUCUUAGACCUUCGCUUUAUCUACCCGCACCGCUGUUUACACGUGAUGAACGGCGCGACACUGGAACAGCAGUUGCUUGGUUUAGGCAAGAUUCUGGGAACAUGGGAGGGAAACCUUACCAGAUAUGACCCUGAUGCGAAGGUAGUAUCUCGACAACCAACUGUGCUCUUCAUAUGCCCAUCCGAAAGCAGCAAUGCCAUUGGAGAGGCAGUACCUGUCCAAAUGAAAGCCCGUUUGCAUCGAGUAACAGACAAGACAGACCUCAAAUUCAAUAUAGACCCAGGGAACCCGGUUGACAAAGGCACAGUGUACGAGCCCAAUAGCGGCAGCUACUGUAGCGGUUCUGUCACAUUGCAGACAGCAGACUUUUCAGUCUGUGAAUUAGGGAUCAAUUACUGCGCUCCCGAUGGAAGAGUGCUUGGGAGACGUCGUCUUAUCCUCAUGUUCUCCAGUGAGCACCUUAAGUGGUUUAGCGUUUUUCGCGAACGACCCGGCCAACAGAGUAUCGACACCCCACUCCCAUACGUACCCGACGAGAUACGCGACAACAAUGCUGUAGGUCCAACUACAGAAGCUGACAUAUCCGCUCUCUGCGGCAAAUGGCACGUUCAGCGUAGCAUCUUUGAUGUGCGCAAUGGUGGCAAGGUGUCAUCCCGCACGGAUGCGUACACAGAGUCGAGAAUGCUGAACGGGCGCCGCAUGACUUUUCAGAAUGACAGCGAUACUGGCUCUGCUUCUGGAGAAGUCAGUAGCGAUGACCGCUUCAUGGUCAUACUGGUUGAAGGGCGAGCGCCACGGCGUAUGGUCAUUCUCCCUGGCGGGGUGAGUGCCGUGUACAGUGUAGCAGUCCCAAAGCACAACGAAGACUUCUACACAGAGCUUGCAUGGUUCGUGGGACCCGAUGAGCGUCAUGUAGUUUGUCGGCGGUUCGAAGGGUCGACGUGGUCGGGCGUUACUUUUUCUGUGGAGAAGCGGUUAUGACACAAGAGGCCUAGCAUGGUAUUGGUAAUGAUGAGGUGGAAGAUAUACAUAUGUAAGGAGCAGUUGUAGGUCGCAUUAAAAGCCUCGAUACAUCUAGUGUGCCAUACGGGACAGUUUUGCACAUUCCGCACAUCCAAACCCAAGCCACGAAAAAGGAUGAGUUCUGUGGUCCGAA